CUUAGGACUGAUGAGGUAUGAAAAUGAAAAGAGUCAAGUUUUUGCUUGUUUAACUAAACUAUAUAUAUAUCAAUCUGAACUUGUCUCCCAUCAACAAUAUCCUUGAGAGAGAUAUAUAUAUGUUGCGCAGUUGAUCUUGGUCAUCUAUUCGGCUGAAGCUAUUACCUUCUUAUAAUCGAACUAAUGUAACUCGCCCGCAAAAGAAUUCCGUACAUCCAAACAUGAGCUCGGCAAGCCGUGAGGAGAUCACAUCCAAAGUCCUCGAGAGUCUUAAAGGAACACCCUAUGAAGCAUCGUCGCUCGAUGUACUAUCAGGGGGAACUGCUAACUUCAUAUACCGCGCAUCAUUAAUACAGCCGCUUGAGGAUGGUACGCAACAAGUUGCCGUUAAGCAUUCCGAGGAUUACAUUGCGACCUCACCGGGCUUUAAGUUGACUCUAUCUCGUUGCCGCAUCGAAGAAGAAUGUCUCAAAGCAUUAUCGGCCUUUCCUAUCGUCGGCAGGGCCGAUGAGAAUGAUCCUUAUAAUUUCAUCGUUAGGACACCCAGGCUCUACCAUUUCGACGAGACGAACAACACCCAAGUUCAGGAAUAUCUACAGAACGGCAUUGAUUUAAAAAUGCAUACCUUGACAGUUGUAUCCGGUGCUGAUCUAGAGACGACAAAACACCAAAGUCUUCAGCUUGGCAAGGCAUUGGGCAGAUGGCUUAAAGGCUUCCACAACUGGGCGGCGCAACAGCCCGAGCUGCGACAGGCGGUGGCCGCAAAUAAGGAGUUGCAGCAGUUGAAGCACACAAUUAAUUUCUCGUGGCUUCUAGAUCGAGCCAAGCAGUUUCCAAAUGUCCUCGGAAGCGCUGAAGAUAUAUUCGAAGAGGUAGGGAAGAUGGCCGCGGCAGAGCUAGAGGACGACAAUCAGCUCCAGGUUAUCCAUGGAGACUUCUGGACAGGAAACAUUCUUCUUCCCAAGGCCCAAAUCCAGGAGGGAGCGGACGUGCCAAUGUUUGUGAUUGACUGGGAGAUGUCACAGAUAGGAAAGCCUAACCUCGACGUCGGUCAAAUGCUCGCAGAACUGUACGAGUUGAAGCUAUACAAGGAUAAGCCAGCCGGUCUGUUCAUGGCUCAGGGAUUUGUGGAGGGCUAUGGCCCAGUAAGCGAAGACUUUGCUUUCCGCACGGCGAUCCAAGUCGGCGCUCACCUGGUCUCCUUUGGGAUGGUAGUCCCGGGCUGGGGGUCGGCGGAGCAGGUGGAGGAAUGCGGACGCCUCGGAAGAGAUAUGAUAACCCGCGCGUGGGAGAAGGACCGCCAGUGGUUUGAAGAGAGCGACUUCGGCUGGCUGUUUAGUACGACUAGAUGAGCGGUGAUAGUAAACUGUAAUACCAAGUCAAUUCUCUAAGGAAGGGAAGAAACAAAGUUAUAGAUUUUUAUAGGUUUGAAUCUAAUUAUAUAAUAGUUAAAAGAAGAACGGGUUCCUGAAAAUAUUAGGUACGUUGUUUAGUAAAGCACGUCUAUGCGCUUGGUGUCCAUACGCAAAUCGGAUAUCAGGGGUAGGUAUCAGGGGCAAUGCAUAGCUCAAGAAACACGGGCCCACGUGACUCCCGCGAAAGAAUUAUUCAUGAGUCAAAUUCAAACCCAUAACUUAAACCUACCAAAGACUAAAUUAUCUUUUCAUCCUCGAUAAACUCCC